ACACAAAAUACAAAAAGAAAAUGGGAUCCUCAAAUCUCAAUCUCCUAGCCAUUUUCUUCAUCAUCAUCUUCUCAACCUUGGUUUAUUAUUAUCCCAUUUGCCAAGCCCAGAACACUCCACAAGACUUCCUUCAAGUUCACAAUGAAGCUCGUGAUGAAGUUGGUGUGGGUCCUCUCUAUUGGAACGAGACUCUCGAGUCGUAUGCUCAGAACUACGCCAACGAGAGGAGCUAUGACUGCAACUUGGAGCACUCCGGCGGGCCGUUCGGUGAGAACAUCGCCGAGGGGUACGACGACAUGAAGGGCUCCGAUGCCGUCAAGUUCUGGCUCACCGAGAAGCCUAACUACGACUAUCACUCGAACUCUUGCGUGAAUGAUGAGUGUCUUCAUUAUACUCAGAUCAUAUGGAGAGAUUCUCAUCAUCUUGGAUGUGCUAGGGCUAAGUGUGCCAAUGGAUGGAUGUUUGUGAUUUGCAGUUAUGAUCCACCUGGCAACAUUGAAGGCGAAAGACCAUAUUGAUUGGGAUAUUCAGAUGACUAUAACGUGUUGAUUGUCUGUAAUGUGAACUAUUUAUAUAUUUAGUUGUAUACACAAACACAUGAAUAUUAUAUACAUACACACAUAUAAUAUCUAGAUGUUAUGCGCAUACUCCUUUAGUUUUAUUUAUAGGAUAGAAAAAUUAACCUUUUUUAUAAGAAAUUUCACUAUUUUCUAUCUUCAUAUGUAUUUUUUUUGCUUUUAUUAAAUGUUAAUUUU